UGACGUCUCGACUGGCCGGCUGAAAAAAGGUGGCACAAAUUCCGUAGAAGUGCUGAGUUGAGAGUAAGAUCGCCAGUAGAAGCGAGCAAAAAAUCUUCAUAAUUGAAAAGUUUGAGUCAAAACAAAAAUCGAGUUACUUUUUUCUUCCAUUUGGGUUCAUUACAAAAGACAGGCAGGCGGCAGGCAGGCGGGCAGACAGGCGGGUUGGUUGGCGCGCUGGGCAAUAGUGAACGAAAAUAGCUUGGCGGCAAUACGACAAUUGCGAUUUACGCGUCGAACGGGUGAGAUAGACAAUAUCUGAAGUGCGCGCUAGCAAACAGCAAAUUUAAGUUGGGUGUCAACAAUAAAAGUUAGAAAACAACGAAUGCUUAGAAAACAGUUAAGAAAUUCCAGCGGAAAGCAAGGAAAGGUAGACAACAAUAAAUAACAAGUGCGAGAGAAGAAAUAGUAAUAAAAAGCAGACAAGAUCGCUAGAGAAACGCGUUGCCUUCCGUUGCCAGCAACAAUUUUGAAAUCAUAUUUUGGUGACAGUGCGUGCGUGGAUGCGGCGAAGUACGAGCCAAGAGCGCUUGGCCAACAAAUGUGCAAGUGAAAUCAAAAUAUACGCAUUAAGUGCAGCAAUAAAUUCAUGUCUAAAAAUAAAUUUAAAAUUUUAAUUCUUACCCACAACAACUUAAAGGCAAAAAGUGAUCUACUAAAAAUUAAAGAAAAAAAUCUAAAUUAAAAAAAAAAACUGUAAAAAUGGUGGAAACAGCAAAAGUAACAACUUAUACGCGCACCACCACCGCUGUGCCUGCUCCAGCUUCAGCUGCAGCCUCGACACCAGCGACCGCACCCGUCACCAAUACAACAUCUGCAGCGGCGACACCAACAAUAGCAACGGCAACAACAACGACAGCAACAAAUGCGCGUCGCAAUGACGAAACCGCGCGUGGCAUUUACAAUUUUAAGGUGAUCGUUUUCUGUUUGCUGCUGCCCUUGAUCCUGUUCGCCGUGUUCCUGAAACAUCUGCUGGACUACCUGUUUUCGUUGGGCGAGAAGGAGAAGGAUGUGCGCGGCAAAGUGGCUGUGGUGACCGGUGCAGGUAAUGGCCUUGGACGGGAAAUAGCAAUUGAGCUGGCCCGCAAGGGUUGCAAAUUGGCCAUUGUGGAUGUGAACUCAAAGGGCUGCUAUGAAACAGUUGACCUCAUUACCAAAAUACCAAGUGCCGUGGCCAAGGCUUACAAGACCGAUGUGUCGUCGCCUCGUGAAUUACAAUUGAUGGCCGUGAAGGUUGAGAAGGAAUUGGGUCCUGUGGAGAUUUUAGUUAAUAACGCUUCGUUGAUGCCCAUGACUUCGACGCCACAUUUGACGAAUGAUGAAAUUGAGACCAUACUUACUGUCAAUUUGGGUUCCUACAUUAUGACUGUUAAGGAGUUUCUACCCAAAAUGGUCGCUAGAAAGUCGGGACAUGUUGUAGCUGUGGCAGCAUUGGCUGGCAUGGUGCCAUUACCAGGCGCUGGAAUUUACACUGCCACCAAAUAUGGAAUUAUGGGUUUCAUGGAAGCGUUGCGCGGCGAAUUACGUCUCUCCGAUUGUGAUUACAUACGAACCACCGUUGCAAAUGCCUAUCUAAUGAAGACUAGUGGCGAUUUGCCCCUUCUGAGUGAUGCGGGCAUAAUGGCCAGCUAUCCGGGUUUGCCGACACCCUACGUCGCUGAGAAGAUCGUACGCGGUGUCCUGUAUAACGAGCGCAUGGUGUACGUGCCGAAAAUUUUUGCGCUUACUGUGUGGCUGAUCAGAUUGUUGCCAACUAAGUGGCAGGAUUACAUGUUGCUGCGGUUUUAUCAUUUCGAUGUGCGCAGUUCGCAUCUUUUCUACUGGAAAUAAACGCUGGCGUCCGGCAGAUAGGACAUACCGACACACAUCAUACAUACAAACACACACAUUCCCCCACUCAGCAAAAUCUACAUGCGUACAUACAUAUAGAUGUACAUAUGUACAUAUACAUAUGUGUUGGUGUUCAAUUUGGAGCAGUUGUCAUUGUUGCAAAUACAUGCAUACAUAUAUACGUACAUGUGCACCUGCUUUAGCGAAUGUUCGUGGUCACACACAUACGAGUGUACACGAGUACAUGCAUACGUACAUGGAUACGUACAUGGAUAUUUACAUUUAUGCAUUUACUUUUAUCCACUUUCACAUAUUGAUGUGAAA